GCGUGGGAUGGACGCCGCGGAGCUGCGGCGCGCCGAGCGCCGGGCUCAGCCGGAGCCCGAGCCCGAGCCGCCGCUCUCAUUAACUGGACGCGGCGAGGUGGAGGAAGAGGAGGAGGAGGAGGAAGAGGAGGGUGAGGAUGAGGCGGCCCCCGGCCAUAGCGACUCGGGAGCCGAGGACGGGCUCGCCAACGGCCACGUCGCCGAAGAAGAGCCCGCGGCGGGCUCGGCGGCGUCGGCCGGAUGCGAGGGCGCCACCAGCUACUGGAGCAUCAGCGAGGGUCCGGACCACCCUCUGAUCCUCUCCCCGGUCCCGGGACCGUCCGGACGUAAACCCCGGGCGCGGCGGGCCUCGCGGCCCGGCCUGAGUCGCAUCCCCGGCCGCGACCACCGACGCUACUACCACGAGUACUGGCGCAGCGAGUACCUGAUGGACUUCGACCCGCUCCGGCACGGCAUGAUCUGCAUGGUGUGCGGCAGCUCGCUGGCCACCCUCAAGCUGAGCACCAUCAAGCGCCACAUCCGCCAGAAGCACCCCGACUCGCUGCUUUGGAGCGCCGCCGACAAGGAGGUGAUCCGCUCCGGCUGGGAGAGCCACCUGAGCCUCGGGGGAGGUCAGGGGUCUUACGGCGGAGCCCGAGGCGCCGGGACCCCGCCCCAGGGGGCGGACGAGUCGGGGCUUUCGGGCUUUCCCGCCCCUGCUGUUGCGUUUUGUCCGCGUCCCCCAGAAGCGACCGAAGAGCCGGCGCCGUCGUCGCACAGGCCGGACCGCUCGCCCGCGGCAGAGGCGGACGACGCCACCCGCCCCCGGGAGGCGGCGGUCCGGCCUUGCGCGCGCGCGUUGGAGCGCUACCUGAACGCCUCGCUGCACGCCUGGUUCCGCCAGGAGUUCCUGAUGGAGUACGAGGCGGAGGCGGGCCGGCUGCUGUGCAUGGUGUGCGGCGGGCGGCCGCCCUCGCUGCACUUGGACCACAUCAAGAACCACGUGCUGGAGCGGCACCCGGACUCGCUGGUCUACAGCUCCGAGGAGAAGCACCGCGUGCUGCAGGCCUGGGCUCAAACUCACGACGAGUCGGAGAACUCCAUCCAAUCAGAAGCAAAUUCCAAAGACGGCAGCUCGUCGUCGCGGGACGCGCGUCCCAUCGACAAGGACGGCGAUGGCGGCGCGUGGCGGAAGCGGGACCCGCGGGCCGGCGCCGCCCGCCCCUUGCGCCUGGACUAUCUGGUGGCGUACGGGCCCCGGGGCCGCUCCGUGUACUGCAUGGUGUGCUCCCGGGUCGUGCGCGGGAGCAGAGUCCGCAGCUUCCGCCAGCACAUCCGCCAAUGCCAUCCCGAGACGGAGGCCCUCAGCAGGGAAGAGCGGGAAGCCGUGGCGGCGGCCUGGUCCAAAGGCCGCGGCGCCCAAGAUGGUGAGCCAAACAUCUUCGGAGCGCUGAGAGCGCUUAGCGCGAAAGGAGUCGUCGUCGCAGAAAUCAGCACAAGUGACGCCAGCGUCCUCAAUAGCUGCGGCGGCCCAAAUGAGGACAGCUCCCCUGACAUCAAAGAGCCGGUGAAACAAGAGGAAGAGGAGGAGGACGAGGAGGAGGAAGUAGGAGGAGUCAAGGACACGGCCAAGGACGCUACCCCACGCCACGGCCACUACCCGGGCAAGGACCAGCGGCGGAACUACCAGGUGCGCUGGCGCACGGACUUCCUGAUGGACUACGACUGCCGGCGGCACGGCCUCAUCUGCAUGGUGUGCGGCGCGGCGCUGGCCACGCUCAAGCAAUCACAUGUGGAAUGUUCCUCCACACAUUCACUUUGGUGUCAAGGAAAAAUGUCGGAGUGAGUGGAGGAGCUUCAUCUAGCGCUCUUGUGAGUUUUGCCAUUCCGGACCGGACCAAUCCAUUUCCUGCUUCAUUUACGAUUGGCAUUGAUGAAACAAAUCAUUUUCACGUCACCAGACCAAGUCGACCUUCAAAAACUGAGCAACGGUACCUUGAUGUUCUCGGAGAAGACUUUCCACGCGCCCUGUCAGCACCCCGAGGGCGGAGCCGCCUGCCACAAAACGCGCCCGCGAGCGCUUGCCGGGAUGGAAUUCCCGAGUGACAUCGUGAGAAUUUUGGAAGGCGUUCCGUCUUCCCAGCCUGGAAAAUCUCAGGGAUUGCACAUUUUAUCAAGCGAGAAUGUUGGCUGUGGGUUGGGGGGGGGGGGGGGGAUUAGAAAGAAAAUGUGCACACAAAAAAAAAACUGCACUUUGGUCAUGUUCGAAGAAUUAUUUUCCAGACAAUGGCACUUCACGAAAGGACAAACAGGAAGUGAUGUCAUAGGCCCGUUUCAUUGGUCCACACGCAGCACUUAAUUCUUUUGCAAUGAGUUGUCGCCAUGUUUGUUGCUACUUGUGCCCAACUUUCAUGCAAUAAAUGGAUGCUUGUUUUUUUUUUCCCCCCCGCUUCGGAACUCUCAAUCCCACAAAAGUACGUUAGUUGGGCUCGUCGUUU